CUUCUUUCAACAUUAGUCCUGACUGGACUUCCUCUUGCAUUGGGCCAAUUCGUCAAGGCACCAACCAAUUGGACCUCCGCAACUGGUUUUGCAGAUAUCCCCGUCCGCUAUAAGGAGGUUCCCAAUGGCAUCUGCGAGCUCAACAACACCGUGAAGAGCUACUCAGGCUAUCUCGAUGUUGACACUAACGAACACUAUUUCUUUUGGUUCUUCGAAGCUCGUAACCAAGACCCCAAGAAUGCUCCUCUCACAGUCUGGAUCAACGGAGGUCCAGGAUCUAGCAGCAUGAUUGGCCUGUUCCAGGAGCUUGGUCCUUGCAGAGUCGAAUCAGAUGGCACGGUCGUCAACAACCCUCACUCGUGGAGUGAAUCAAGCAACAUGAUUUUCAUCGAUCAGCCUGCUCAGGUCGGCUUCUCAUACUCGAUUCCUAUUCCUGGAUACACCGAUCCUAACUCGGGUUCAAUUGUUACUCUGCCCAAUGCUACCUGUCCUGAGUAUGCAGAUAGCUGCGGCACGUACUCGUACCCAAACGAGACUCUCACAGCAAAUUCAACUGCUGGGGUGGCGCCAAACUUCUGGAAAGGUCUACAAGGUUUCAUGGGUGCUUUCCCACAAUAUUCUCGCCAUGAGUUUAACUUUGCUACAGAGUCAUAUGGUGGUCAUUACGGGCCGGUUAUCAACCAAUAUAUCGAAGAACAAAAUGAACUUAUUGCAAAGGGCCAGCUUCCUAAGGCUCAUCACAUCAACCUCAAAACACUUCUGAUCGGUAACGGCUGGUACGAUCCUCUGAUUCAAUAUCAAGCUUAUUACAAUUUCACCGUGUUCCCUGGAAACACAUACGAUUACAAACCAUUUAACGAGAGUGUUUCAGCCAUGAUGUACAACGCACUCUAUGGUCCGGGCAACUGUGUCGACAUGACUAAAGAUUGCUACGCCUCCGGCAUCAAUGAAGUAUGCAGCUUUGCAGACAACUUCUGUGCUGGCAACGUCGAGAAUGUUCUUGAUGUUUACGCUCUGCGCGACGAAUACGAUAUUCGCGAACUAUCGCCUGAUCCUUUCCCGCCUACAUUCUACGUUGACUACCUCAACUCUCCUAUGGUUCAGGAGGCCAUUGGCGCUUAUGUGAACUUUAGUGAGAGCAGCAGUGCUGUCUCGUCAGCUUUUGGGAGCACAGGCGACGAUGACCGUGAAGACGGCACCAUCGAGGCACUGAAGUCGCUGGUUUGCGGUGACAUCACCGUUGUGCUCUAUGCUGGUGAUGCCGACUACAACUGUAAGCAUCGGAAUUCAACUGACGUAUCUCAGGCNAACUGGCUUGGUGGAGAGGUCAUUGCCCAGGAGGUCAACGCUCCCGGUUUUUCAACUGCAGGUUACACCAACGUCACGAGCUCGGACGGCGUCGUCCAUGCACAGGUCAAGCAAUCUGGCAAAUUCUCUUUCGUCCGCAUAUUCGAAUCUGGCCACGAAGUGCCCUUCUACCAGCCACUUAUGAGUUUGGAAAUGUUCGAUCGCGCGAUUAACGGCAAGGACAUCGCCACUGGUAGACGCACAGUAAAGGGUGGCUACAAGACAUCCGGCCCUGCCAAGAGCACAUACCGUGAAGGCAACUCGACCGUGCAGUUCGAAGUCGUCAACGCGACCGCCACGUACAACACUACUUUGAACGCACCCAACCCACCGUCCGCCAAGAAGAGCUUCAAAGCUGCGAGCAAGAGACGUCUGUUCAAGCCUGCUAAGAGAGUCGUCGAUCUGACUGCC